AUGUCUCCAAGACCUGCCACUUUCGAUACGACCUUGAGCGGCAUGGAGGAGGACACCAGUUGGGCUACGCUGGAUAGUAAGUCGAGCCUGCUGCUGGAACACACACGUGCAAGAUACAAACACGGCAGCUGAUCCAACGCCCCCGCACCCUUUCCUAUUCGCCGCGAUUGUAUGCUUCACGCUUCUCGACAGAGCUGCUCUUGGAUCGCACACUACACCUGCACUCCCACUCUUCCCUGCACUUGCCCACCAUCAGCUCCACCUCGGGUGGCAAUUCCGCCUCGACGGGCCCAACAGCACGACGCAGCGUAGAUGUAGCGCCAACGCGAGAUCAAUUCGGACUGAUGCGAACCGCAUGUCUGGAAUACCUUUCUCCUCGUCUCGCCUCGCUCUCCGCUUCCAUGCCUGGCCCCAUCAUUUCGCCACCUCGAGUGCGAGUAGCAACGCUACCUUCGCUCGGAACGACGGCGUGGGUGCUGGAGGUUUCGGUAAGAGCUCAAGCUUUGCCGCUGCCCGGCGCUCCGGUAGAAGCUGCGAGAUCAGCAGUCAAGACGACGCUCAAUGCUUGCGUCGUCUUUCUUCCUCACGUGCUCAUUGCCAGGGGCGUCAAAGGAGGUACGACGGGCGUGGCUGCUGCUCUGCUUCCCUUGCUGCUCAGCUUCUCUCAAGAGUAUCUCGAUACGCACCUCUCUUCCGCCAUGGCUUCCCGAGCUCUCAGAGGAGUGGCACUGGAAGAGAUUCUGGAAGUGCUGUGGAACUCGAACAAUAGCGCACGAGCACGAGGCUCGCAAGCUGAAGCGAAUAUUGAAGUCACUUGGAACAUUGGCGCUCUGGUGGACGAGGUGGAGGAUGAAAAGUUGGCGGAGAAUUUGACGUUGGCUGUUCCCUGGAGCAUCGUCAGUCAAGCUUGCGGGGGUGCUGGCAAUGGUGAGUCCAACGAGUCGCGCUUUGACAUGCAUGCGCACGUGCUGGUCGAUCAUCGUCAUCAACUGACUGCACGCCUGCUGCUCUCCCACCUUUCAGCCCCACUGCAUCCCUGGUUGGGCCUCUAUCUCUCAUCGCACACCUCACUGCUACCUCCCUCUCGCAUCCUGACGCGCGUAGGUCUGGCAGGUGUGCACGUGGGCGUCUCUUCGACGGGCGUGCGCAUCAAGAUGGGCUCGGGCAAGGGUGAGGAUACGAGCAAGGCGAAAAAGGUGCUGAGCUGGUGCGAUAGGCGUAUUGCUGAAAUGCAACGAUGA